AUGCUUCAACACUUUGGCGAAUGUUUAUCGGGAACGUUUUCGGGUGCGCGGUCUCGUGUAACGGAGCGUCAUUACGUGACCGACCCGGGCGGGAUCUCACGCGAUACUGACGGUCGCUCGGGCCGCUGCCUCUAUUCUGCUAUCUUGACUACCGAUUCAGUCAGUGUCUUCGAAAAAGCUCGCACCACGAGCUGUGCACUACAUGAUGCACAUGCAGCUCUUGAAGAUGAUGAAGAUUUGGAGCCGUCUUGUAUUUUCAUUGAGCCUCCAGAUCCAGUCAUGCAUACCGAUGAAGACUCGGCAGAUGAAGAUCAAUCAGGCUUGAUUAACAAUCUCUUUGGUCGUCAACUUAGUGCACAAUGUAAAGUAGUAUUAAAGUCAAAGAAAAAAACAUCUAAAAACUCAAAAGGCACUAAAUGUGGUAGCAAAGUACCGAAUGAGCCUCUAGACGUCUCAUCAGCCAGUUGUGGGAGUGUUCCUGUUCGAGGUUGUGGUCGAGCGAGAGGUCGAGGGCGAGGUGGUCGCAGUGGAUCUCGCGGUAUUCAAAACAAUGCUGUGUCAGAAGAACUAUCCCAGACUACUUCGUCUGAUGAUUCGAAGGAUGAUGAUGAGUCUUUGCCAAAAAAUUAA